AUUUCUUUCCUUUUAUUUUUUAAAAUUUAUUAUGCCUCGUUUCCUCCAUGCUCUCUCUCUCUCUCUCUCCACAAUGAUCUCUCCUCUUGCCUGCUUCCCCGAACGGACUAUUUAGAUCUUCCGCCUUGGAUCUGACCUUUCUCGCCCUUCGACCGAUUCUCCUUCCGACGACUCCCGUUCAACGAAGCUUCAACGCCUCCGGACCAGAGAGAGAGAGAGAGAGAGAGAGAUUCUUUGAAGAAAGGCUCGCCGGCGGCGAUGUUCCUGUUGGAUUGGUUCUACGGCGUCCUCGCCUCGCUGGGCCUGUGGCAGAAGGAGGCCAAGAUCCUCUUCCUCGGCCUCGACAACGCCGGCAAGACCACCCUCCUCCACAUGCUGAAAGACGAGAGGUUGGUGCAGCACCAGCCGACCCAGCACCCGACGUCGGAGGAGCUGAGCAUCGGGAAGAUCAAGUUCAAGGCUUUUGAUCUGGGCGGUCACCAGAUUGCUCGGAGAGUUUGGAAAGAUUACUACGCUAAGGUGGACGCUGUGGUGUAUCUGGUAGAUGCCUAUGACAAGGAGAGAUUUGCUGAGUCAAAGAGGGAGCUGGAUGCACUCCUUUCCGAUGAAGCCCUGGCUAAUGUUCCAUUUCUUGUGCUAGGGAAUAAGAUUGAUAUCCCUUAUGCAGCCUCAGAAGAUGAGUUAUGCUAUCAUUUGGGUUUGAGCAACUUCACAACUGGCAAGGGGAAGGUUAAUCUCACAGAUGGCAACAUUCGACCUGUCGAGGUUUUUAUGUGCAGUAUUGUCCGUAAGAUGGGGUACGGCGAUGGAUUUAAGUGGCUUUCACAAUAUAUAAAGUAGGGAGUCUCAAUUCUUUGUUUGGGCAGUAGAGGAACUCUCAGCAUAUUUUUUCGAUGAUGCUGCACUUAGCAGCUACAGCCAAACUAGAAGAGGAACUUCUACUAUUCUUUUUAACGGAGUUAAAGAUAAACAGGGGUGGCAAGUCCACAUGAUACUUGUAUUGGCUUUAUAUUUUGGAGUUGUGAGAUUUAGAUAGUCUCUGUUGGCAAAUUUUGAUGCUUUUUAACUUUUUCUCCUACGUUUUAAUGUCCUUGAUUUUCACGACAUACACUUCUUUGUUUUGCAAUCAACUAUGAAUGACUACGUCGUCAUCAUGAGCAAGCUGUCGCUCGUGUAAUGCAGUUUGUUC